CCCCGGGGCGGGAGAAGCUUGUGCGUUUUCCUCUCAGAGUGGGUCCUCCGGGAAGACUCACAAACCGAUUUUCUUCUGAGAGUGCGCGGAGUCUUGAGAGCUCCGGAGACUCAGCGCUGCUCCGGACAGCACCACGCCCGCCCGUGUGCCUCACGUCCCGGGCUGAAGCUUUGAAGCUUUGGCAUUCACAGCAAAGAGCCAGAAAAGGAAAGAAGUGUCCGAUAAUGCGGACAUCUGAUCCGGCUACACCUUGAUCCUUUUUUCUUCUUCCCUCUCUGACGGCUCAAAUCGCGCAACGCGCAGAAGUCAAAUAGUCACUUCUGAACAUCUCCACAGUGACUCAGGCCGGUUCUGCUUCUGUUUGGACUUUUUUGGCCUCAGCCUACAGCCAUGGUUUUCCGUCUGUUUUAAUAAACACCCCCUAUUUUUGGGAACUGGAGUAAAGACUGAUUCUGAGAGAAGUGCGCGCGGCAGCAGCUGAGGAGCGCACCAGCGCGGAUCAGAGCGCAGGAUCCGGAGCAGAGAAAGUGAACAUCAGUCGGGCUGAAGGACACAGAGAGAGCAGCGGAGCGGAUUCAGGGGAGUUUUGUUCAUGUUUGGAAUUCAGGAGAGCAUCCAGAGGAGCGGCAGCAGCCUGAAAGAGGAGCCGCUCGGAGGGAUGAACGUCCGGAGCUGGAUGCAGGGGGGCGGCGUGCUGGACGCCAACACGGCCGCUCAAAGUGGCGUGGGUCUGGCUCGGGCUCACUUUGAGAAGCAGCCGCCCUCCAACCUGCGGAAGUCCAACUUCUUCCACUUCGUCCUGGCGCUGUACGACCGGCAGGGUCAGCCGGUGGAGAUCGAGAGGACGAGCUUCGUUGACUUCAUCGAAAAGGAGAAGGAGACCAGCGGAGAGAAGACCAACAACGGGAUUCAUUACCGGCUCCAGCUUCUUUACAGCAACGGCAUCAGAACAGAGCAGGACUUUUAUGUUCGACUCAUAGACUCCAUGACUAAACAGGCGAUUGUUUAUGAAGGCCAAGACAAGAACCCAGAGAUGUGCAGAGUGCUGCUGACACAUGAGAUCAUGUGCAGUCGGUGCUGUGACAAGAAGAGCUGUGGAAACCGUAAUGAGACACCCUCAGACCCUGUUAUCAUCGACAGAUUUUUCCUCAAGUUUUUCCUCAAGUGCAACCAGAACUGUUUAAAGAAUGCAGGAAACCCCAGAGACAUGAGGAGGUUUCAGGUGGUUGUAUCAACGACAGUGAGCGUGGAAGGACAUGUCCUCUCCGUCUCUGACAACAUGUUUGUCCACAACAACUCAAAACACGGCCGACGGGCCCGAAGGCUCGACCCUGUGGAGGGAACGCCGUCUUACCUAGAACACGGAGCAGCUCCAUGCAUUAAAGCCAUCAGUCCCAGUGAGGGGUGGACCACAGGGGGUGCAACAGUCAUCAUCAUAGGAGACAACUUCUUUGAUGGUCUCCAAGUUAUCUUUGGUACCAUGCUGGUUUGGAGCGAGUUGAUUACGCCACACGCCAUCCGGGUGCAGACGCCUCCUAGACACAUCCCGGGGGUCGUGGAGGUCACUCUGUCAUACAAGUCCAAGCAGUUCUGCAAAGGAACACCAGGAAGGUUCAUAUACACAGCACUGAAUGAACCAACCAUCGACUACGGUUUCCAGAGGCUUCAGAAAGUUAUCCCUCGGCACCCAGGGGACCCAGAGAGGCUGCCAAAGGAGGUUAUUCUGAAGAGAGCGGCCGAUCUGGUGGAAGCGCUUUAUGGGAUGCCUCAUAAUAACCAGGAGAUCAUCCUGAAGCGUGCGGCCGAUAUUGCAGAAGCUUUAUACAGCGUUCCUCGAGGACACACCCAGCUCUCCAGCUCAGCUCACACUGGAAUGAUGGGAGUCAACUCCUUCACCGGGCAGCUGUCCGUCAACGUCUCUGAAACCUCUCAAGCCAACCAGGGGUUUGUGCGCAGCAGCAGUAGUGUGUCGCCUCACGGUUACGUGCCCAGCUCCACACCUCAGCAAACCAGUUACUCCUCAGUCACGAGCACCAUGAACGGCUACACCAACAACACAGGCAUGACCAACCUUGGAGGCUCACCCACUUUCCUCAAUGGCUCUGCAGCUAACUCGCCUUACGCUAUUGUUCCAUCCAGUCCCACUAUGGCCUCCUCCACCUCUCUACCCUCCAACUGCUCUUCCUCUUCUGGCGUCUUCUCCUUCUCCCCGGCCAACAUGGUUUCAGCAGCUGUUAAGCAGAAAUCUGCCUUUGCUCCGGUGGUUAGACCCUCAUCUUCUCCGCCGCCUUCAUGUACAAGUGCUAAUGGCAACGGACUCCAAGAUCAAACAUUUGUGGACUCUAGCAAGUACUCCACGGCCGGCUCACUACAAGGCUUGGCCUUCACCUGAACCAUCCCAGGAAUGAUCGUCCCACCCAUGUAAAGCUGUGACUGCAUGAUUGUGUGUAUGUGUGUGAGUUGAAACAAGCACACCCUCGCCGAUCCUGCGGGAGGAUUUAGCGCGAGUCGGACUCCGGUCAGGGAUGGAAGCAACUGUCCCGAUUUGAAGAAACAAAACCCCACUCAGGCCCUUUGUAUCACAGAACAACUGCGAGGAGAACACAGUGAGAACAAAAAACUCUGUGGAAGGAAACAAGAUAAGACUUUGUACACCAUAAUGCUUUUACAGGAGAAUGGCCACGCCUACAUUAUGACUAUCCAUGGACACAGGAAAUGAACUUCACUUCCUCUUGAGUGAUUGACAGAUUUGUUUUUUGUUUUUUGCGUGACAGUUAAUGUGUGAUAAUCUUUUUUUAAAACUGUAACCUACAUGAAGCCUUUUCUAUUUAUGAAUUUUUGUUUUCUGUUUAAUGAAGGAAUAUAAUGUGAAGAAGACCUGAUAAUGAUAAUGAGUCAAAACGGUGUAGAAGGAAUAUUUAUUCAGAAUCGGUCCAGCCAAGACAGACAAGCCAAAUCUCUCUUUGACAAAAUCUCACUUUCAACUUCAACCAACUGAGAACUUCUCCACUUCAUUAAGUCCUUUCGUUUAAACCUACAGAUCCAUCCAUUUUGCAUCUGAAGAAGCCUCACCGAAUCAAGAAUUUCCAGGCAUUAUUUGGAGUCCAAUUCCCUCUUUAAUCUGCUGCUCCCAGGUGCUAAAUGUCUAAAACAGCACAUUCUGGAAUCACAAAAAUAGAUUUUCUUAAGUGCUUUAAGUAGAUUUAGAAAAGCAAAGUUUCAAAGUUUACAUAUGAGUACAAUUACCUGGAUGCAUAAGCAACAUCUGAGACAUUUACUCAAAUACAUCUAUCACUCUGGUCAUUUUGUCAGCUAAAAAUAAUCUGAUUCAGCCACUAACAGAAAAGCAUAAUGACAUCUGCCUGUUUUUAUUUUUGAUAAGUAGCUGUUCUGUUUUAAACGGCAACUUUUUAAAAAAUUUACACAUUUGCUUCAGAGUUAAAGAAUAUGUGAUUGUUUUGCAAGAACAACGUUAGAGAUUUCAGAGGGAUGUCAAAAACUAUAAAUGUCCAAAGGUGACCCUGAUUUUUAUGACAAUGGUUGAAAAGGUUAGCUCUCACCUCAAAAGCCAGGUCAUGUGACCUUACUCUCGAAUGCAUCCGAGACACUAAUUGUGUAUAAUAGAUGAUGGAGGGAGAGUUAACAUAACAAAAGGCAGCACUGAAAUGCAAGAAAUCUGAGAAAAAGAAAUAUAAAACUACGUCAUACUUUCAUUGUUGCGUCUUUGGGCGAAAAAAUUUUUCAUGUUGCCUCUAUCAGUUGAUCAGCUUUGUGCUUAAUGAUUUGGGGUAUAAUAAACUUUGGAUUAAGAAUUAAAAACUGCAAACUUCUGUCAGAGGAAAGCCAGUAUUGAUCAUGAAUUGGACUUCUUUUUUAAUGCACAAAAAAUCCUAAAAACCUUCAGCUGGUCAUGUUUCUUAAUAAAGUUGCUUUUCCCAAAAUUGACAAAUGUCAAAAUUCUUGUUUGCAUCAUUAUAAUGAAACGUGAAAAAGCUUCCCUUAUACCAAGGACACAUGCUGGGUUCCAGUUUUAGCUAUUUUUUUUUAAAUCAAGAGCAAAACUAACUUACCAUAAAGUUACAUAUUUUUAAAUGACAAAUGAUGUCAUGCUGCUGUUUUUUUAAUUGAAUAUUAUGUUUGGAUAUUGUCUUAAAAAUGCCAGCAGUGUAGUGGCCUGUUGUAAAAGAUGUUACUCACUUUUAGUGCUUGAAGUUUACAAAAAGAGUCAUUUUAAUUUUGCCAAACCCAAAAGUACAAAAUACCUGAACAGUCUUAUGACAUAAAGUCUUUGGUCUUUACUCUUCUUGCUAAUCAAAAGUUGCAAUGUUGCCAUGUCAUUUAACUGUGAGACUUCUUACAUGAAGACAAUUAGUUAAAAGAAAUUUGUUCUAAUCUGAAAUCUGAAAAACAGAAUGUCUUGCAAUGGCUGGAAGGGUUGUUGCUCAAGAACAAACAAAAACAACAGUUGUCUUUUGUCAGGCUUGAAUGUUUAUUAAGUUUUUUUUUGUACAAAGGUGUCUGUGUGUCAAAAGCCAUACUUGGAAAUCUGAUCUUAUUCACAAACCAUAAAACCCUUUUUGUUGUGUUUUUUUUAAGUGACUAUGAUCAUCAUUUCUAUUGUUCAUAUUGUAUUAUGUAUAGUUUCGGUUGCAUUUAUCAGCAUUUGUCGAAACAUUUAGAUGUAGAAACAUGCAAACAUGCCUUUGUUUUUAAUGUGUGUUUUUCCUUCCAUGUAAUGGAUUUUAAGGUGAAACAACUUUUCAAUGAAGGCUCAAAGUAUUGAAGGAACGCUUUCCUUACUUUUUCCUUUUUACAUCUCGCCUUUUCUGUCCUAACAUUUGACGUUUUCAUUGUUGUGCUAUUAUAAUGUUUUUUAUGUUUGCCCAGCAUGUUUCUGCCUUUUUUUUUCCUCCUCAAAAUGAGCCACCUAUUUAUUUUUCUGGAGACCACUUUUUCUGUUUGUCUGUUCAGAGCGCUCGUGUGUGCGUGUGUGUAUGUGCAUACGUCAUCAGUUUUUCCUCACAAAGAGAAACAUGAUUUUCAUUUUUUGAAACUGUUGCCUUUAUGUAGGGAAGAGUAAAUAAAAUGGUUUUGUUGAAGAAG